CAGUGACAGGCCGAAAAUCGUUCCCAGUCCGACCCCAGGGGUUGCCAUGUAUGAGGGGGGCCAUAGCCACCCCUGGCCCCCCAUCUAGCUCCGCCCCUGGAGUUUUUUCCUUACUCUUUCAUUUUACAAGCAUUUUCUGUGUACUUUGACCUCGUUCACCAACUCUUUCCAGCCGAAAGCAAUCUAUCCGGUUUGAUCUUUGUUCCCAGUUUUCUAUUUUCAAAGCAAAUAAAAGUGAAAGUAAAGCAGAGUGGGACCGGAACGAAAAAAACCGUCUUCCUUUAAAAUGGAAGUGGAUCGGUAUUUGUUGCGGAUCGGGUUUACAGGGCCUUCAGAUGUCCCCAGCCUGGAGCUGCUUCGCUCCGUCCACAGAUGCCACCUGCUCUCGGUGCCAUUUGAAGACCUGACGGUUCACAGCGGCGGACGGGUCCAACUGGACCUCCCGAUCCUCUAUGACAAGAUCGUGAAGCAGCGUAGAGGUGGAUUCUGCUUCGAGAAUAACUCUCUGUUCUACUGGCUCCUGAGCCAGCUGGGUUUCCAGGUCACGGUGCUCGCAGGCCAGGUGAAGAACUCCAUCACCGGCCGCUACGGCCCCCCGUUUGACCACCUGAUCUUAAUGGUCACCCUGGAAGGGAAACGGUGGCUGUGUGACGUCGGUUUCGGUGUUCCUGGUUUCAGUGUCCCGCUGUCUAUAGAGACAUGUGGACCUCAGGAGCAGGGACACAGAGUUUACCGGCUCAGAAGGGACAGAGAAACGCUCUUUCUAGAGUGGCAGGAGGAGGAAAACAGAGGGGAACAUGGAGACUGGUCGGAGAUCUAUAAGUUCACCCUGCAGUCUCGGCUUCUGGGGGAUUUCACCGAGAUGUGCCUUUAUCACCAGAGCUCUCCGAGCUCCAUCUUCUUCUGCAAGUCGCUCUGCACGGUGUUGAAACCGGAAGGAAGGGUGACCUACAUCGGCUGCAGGCUGAAAAUCAGCAGGUUUCCAUCAGAAGCGACUGGAGGCGUGAUGGAAACCACAACCAGAGAGCUUGAAGAUGAAGAGAUCCCAACAGUUCUGGAAGAACACUUUGGGAUAGUACUUCCAUCUCCUCUAAUACCAAAGGAUGACACAAUCACUCCACCCCCAGUUAUGUACUGAUUUAUCUCCAAUAUAUCAUUAUAAAUAAUAUGAAGGGAAAAAAAAUACAUAUAUAGAUGCUCCUUAACCGUUUAUUUUCUUUGAGGUUGUCUGAAAUUUUAAUUUUGUCUUAAAAGCAGCAGAUUUGAAUUGGCUAUAAUUUAAAGCAAUCUCGGCAAAUGGCCGCUCACACUGAGCCUGGUUCUGCUGGAGGUUUUCCUCUCCACUGUCACUACAAGCAUGCUUAGUGUGAGGAAUUGCAUCCAAGUCAAUGAGUUGUUUUCCUUGGAUUGAAAACUUUGAAUCAAUUUGACUAUGAUCUGGUGAACUGUAAAGUGCCUUGAUUUGACAUUUCUAUAUAAAUAAACCAAACUGAAAUUGAAUUGUUUUUAGAAAAAAAAAGAAAGUUCUUUAAAAGGAUUUCAAAAUUAUGUAAAAACAUACAUUAAUUUUUUUUAGUAAUUAACCUAUCAAGGGGGGAAACUGGCUACUGAUUUUUACUCCAUUCAAAAUAACUAGAUUCAUACUUUUAAUUCAACAAUUAUUAGUAUUACAACUUUGCCUCCUAAUUUCAACAAGACUCCCUUUUUUAAACAACCACACUCACUCUGUUGUUGAAAACAUGCAACAGAAAAGAUAAACUGUCACUUUGAUUUAAUAAAUUAUACAUACAGGUUUUAAGAUGUACAAUGAUCAUUGCAUUAAUCCACAAAUAUCCUUUUUCACACGAGAAAAUCUGCUUUCAAAGUAUUUACACAUGUACAAUUCUGAGGCAGCGCUUCACAGAGCAAGGCGUGAAUGACAAAUACAUGAUGUUUAGACCCUCCUCUGUUGCCCCUUAGGGUAGAGGGUCAAAAAAUGGGUGGGAAAAAUGUGGCACACAUUAAAACUCAAAGAUGUUAUUCAACGAUGGGAUUGGAGGUUGGGAUUGAGUUCGCUCUGCUGGAUUUCCGUUCAUAGUUGACAAGCCUCUGACCAACCAGGUACCUGCGUGGGAAGAAUAAGGGUCAGAUAUGGACUGAAAUUAAGCCUUUUUUUUUAACAACAUAUAGGAUUUGCUUAAACAUUUAGAUAAUGACAGUAAUUCUUUAUACAAAGAUACAAAAAUGACUUCCCAAAAUGAAGCCAAAGCAAACUUAAAUCUUUGCAACAAGAAGUGUAGUUAAGCUUAUGAACAGAAUAUGACAGAAAACAA